UCCGUCAGAGCGGCCUACGGAAGUACAGCAAUAAAGAUGGAGGGCGAUAUUUCAGACAUGAACAGACCUCAAAUGUAUUUAUUUGGUUGCACCCUCAAAUCGGACAAACGGGAGUACAAAGUUGACGUCGACGACGAUGAAACGGAACAGCAGCUGUCCCUCAAAGCGGCCUGCCUGGGAGCCGAGGCUGAGGACAAGUUCCACAUGGUGGAGGUGGAGGCCCUCACUUACGAUGGCAAGGCCACCAAAGUACCACUGGUUGUGCUGAAACCGUCCGUUCUGCCCUCUAUGGGUUUAGGUGGGUUCGAGAUCACGCCGCCGGUUACAUUACGUCUCCUGUCAGGUUCCGGACCAGUGCACAUCAGUGGACAGCAUUUUGUCAGUGUAAAGGAUUCAGACAAUGAAGAGGAAGAACACAACACGUCGCCGGUGAAGCGUCCCGCUGGCCUGAUGUUGGAGAAAAAGGCUUCACUGAAAAAGCUAAAGAUGGACUCUGAUGAAGACAGCGACGAGGAUGACGACGACGACGAUGAUGAUGAUGAUGAAGACAGUGAUGAAAAUGAAGCCACACCCCAGAAGACCGUCAAAAAAGGCCCAGAAACAUCGAAGAAGGCCAACAAGAGUCUGAUGAAACAAAACGGCCCUGCAGCGACCCCAUCAGGAUCCGGGGUUAGACAACAGAUUAAGACACUUGUUCCAGGAAAAGACAAAGCGCAGGCCGGCCCGUCUAAAUCUCCAUCUUUGGCUGAGAUAAAGAACAAGUUGUCGACGGCAGCCAAAGAGGGAAAACCGCUGCCCAAGACGGAACAGAAGUUUGAGAACUUUGUCAAGAGUUCCUUUAAAAUUUCAGACAAACAAGUGGUCAAGGACCUGUGGGCUUUUGUGAAGACGCUGAAGAUGGAGAAGAAGUAGACGGCCUCACACUUUGAACUCAUUUCUCUGUUUUUGCAUCUGUCGGGUGAUUUAAAGGCACAGUCAGCGAUAUUUCCUACUUAACCUUGUUUUCCAUAACGACGUCACUAAUACCGUAUGACUGGGACGCGUGGCAACACACUAUUUCACUCGGCACACAUUUAGUGAAAGAGUGGUUUCGCGCUAUGCGGAAUCCGCCCAUCUCGUCAGUCUUCACCACCUGUAGCGAAGUAAAGUGACAGCGCGCCCUGUUCCGACCUGCAGACCUGCCGUUUCCCGCAUUAAAUAAACAGCUACAGUAACACGCGUGACACCUGCUGAUUUUACACUUGGAGCAAGGACAUUUAGUAUGUUAUCAGGACUUUUCAAGUAAUAAAAGCUAAUUCUUCAUUUUAUUUAGGGAAGGCUCUGUUAAUAGUUUUGCCGUCCUUGUUUUUACCAAUGUAAAACCAAAACAGAACCAAGUGUCACAAGAUACUCAUAAUUACCGUACCAUAUAUGCUCAAAAAGUGGCCGAGUGCAGUCUUAGAAUAAUAUUAAACAAGGUUCACUGGUUUAUUUCAUUAAAACGUAUGUCCCGUAAAAGUGCAGUUGAAACCAAAAUAAAUACAGUGUAAUGGCUACAAAUAACUCACGUGGCUCCCCAGAACGCUAAUCGUCGUUCUCCACAUAACGUAAGAUAAGACCGCGUCGGGAACUACUUAUUUACAACAUCCGGUAACACUACACACUUUCUAAGCAACAGUUUACCUGUCUCAGUAGGUGCUGCUGUUUUGGUAAGCAACAUAGUCCAUAUGGGUACCGCAGUUAACUCCUUAAAAUCGGGUAUGACCAUCAGUAUUUGCCUGGCCUUAAAUGAACGAGGAACAUCGUCUAUUAGCGAGACUGCAACUAUGUGAGGAAAUACGGUAGUAAUGACUCCUCUGAAUCUAUUUCUUACAAUGAUUUUAUUUCCAGUAAAUGUUUCUUUUACCACAAACUCGCAUGUGACUCUCUUUUUUGAAGCAUUUUCCAAGGAGGGGAAAAAAAACGCUUCGGAGUUUCAAGUCUACACAAAAGGGUAAAAUCCUACAACAGUAGCUAUAAAAUGCAAAGCACCUGCAGAUGUCACAUUUAUUGCGUUCAGGUGCUUCGAGAUAGUUAAUUGUGUGCAUGCUGAGAUUGGCAUCUCACUUUGCUCGCGCGUUACGCCGAAAAGACUGCCUGCAGAAGCUCCGCAUUUCCACGAUGCCGCACGUCCUCAUCAGACGCAAUAAUGAUAAUGCAAUAGGAAAUAUUGCAGAAUGUGCCUUUAAAAGUCGCCGCUCUAUACUGAGAUACGUCCCAUUUUUCUGUGAAUGACAUUUUGUUUUACUUUACAUUUUUAUCCAUGCUUGUAUUGUUCGUGUGCUUUUAGGUCUUUUUUGCACCAAAGUUAUGGUUCGUUUUCGUGCAUUUAGUGAAUUACUAAACCCCAGAAUUACUUCAUAGAAACAAACACGUUUUGCAGCAACUUUUACAUAUCUUUCCAUCUUUUUCUUGUGUGUGUGAACCCAGUUUUGUUGUGCUUGAAGUUUUUCCAGGAACACACCUGGUGCUCAUGUAUCAGAAUUAUUUCUUCUUUUUCUCUCCUCGACACAUUUGAUGCAAAUGUAGCUUUUAUUUGCAGCCCAUGUAAAGCUUCAUAAAGCAGUGGUGUUCCAGUACUUUGAUUUAAACGGUGUACACAUAUACUGAUUUUUUAAAUCUGAGAGACCCUGCAAUCACGAUAACAAAAUAAAUCGCUGUGUGUCCUUAUUGCUCUUAUUGCGUGUGUCAUACUCGAGGUGAAAAACAGAGCAACACACACAAUAACUGCCGUAGUACCAAAGCUGACCCGGGAGAGCCAGCUUGGUGCCACAGGGCAUCCAGACUGCCGGAAAAAAUACAAAAAAAGAGGAAAGGCUUUGUAGAAGAAAUCGAAGAGCCUAAGCUAACUGCUAGCUUGCCUUGCAACAACAUUGUACAUAAUAUAAACACACGACAAUGGCUGAAACGCAAACCCUAUCUGAAAAGUUAACUUUUUGAGAAAACAAGAAAAAAUAUUUGUUGUUUCCUUGCAGAAUGCUAUUCGUCAAGAUGAAACCCACCAGUCAGAAAAUCCUGCAUAUAAAACCCUUUGCGUGUCAGCCAUCGAUAAGGAUUUGCGAUUGUAAUUAUUGAACAGAUUUAAUAUUUAUGAUUGUCAGCCCCUGAUGUCUUUCUGAGCAAAUCGGGGAGGACAAAUCACCAUUUAACACAGGAUAAUUGGCUAAAAUAAUCUUCCAGAGACAUUGUCAUCUGAUAGUCAGGCCUUUGCAAAGUUUAAUUGGAUGCGGAAAAUCGCGCUCAAAAUUGACCCGAUUAUCUUUGCGUGGUGAAUGACUUGUGAGACGCAAUAUACAAACAGUCAAUACAACCAGUUCCUCUAUUGUGUCUGGCAAGUCGCUUCCUAAUUGGCUGGUUUCCCGGUUUAACAUUUACGAUUGUUGGCCCUGACUGUUUUACGAACUCUUAACACACCCCAUGCCACAGGAUAAUCGCUUAGGAUAAUCUUUCAAAGACAACCAAAAAUCUGAUUUUUGCUUACAUUUGUCGAUCUAUUAAUGAAGUGAGAGAAAAUGCUCAAACUGGUCCAGAUUGUCGGUAUGCGUGUAACCCGCUUAAGAAGCAAAAUCAAUGAGCUCUAUAAAACCAACACAGAUGUUUAAAGAUCAGUCGCAGCAGUGUAUUUACAAGUUGUCCGCCGUAUAUUUUAACUUACCUGCUAAUGGGAGAAUCCUAUGAUUAAGCGAGAUGUUUCUGUUUACUACCGCGCGAUCAUGAUGUAUUCAUCAGAGAAUGACACGAGAGCAAAAAAAAAAAAAAAAAAAUGAUGUCACCUCGACAGAAAGCGCAUGAAUUGUUUGCACUCUUGAAUAGCUCAAUGGCUACAAGCGUGUACUCAGUCUGCCCUGAUGAUGUGUUUAUGGCGCCGUAUAAUGCCUUUUUACGAGAUACUCUGAUGCCAUCUUUUAUUAUUCAUGUCAAUCCCUCCAUCAUUACGUUCUUCAUCUGAUCAAAUAGGAAUUGCUGACCUCUUAAUUAACCUAAUUCUUUAUAGAUUUAGUAGCAAAGUUUGACUUUAGGCUAUUUUGCUAUCGUGAAUGAAUGGGUAACGUAGUUGUUUUUAUCAGUUUAAUUAACUAUUUUUCUUGAAUGAUUGUGUUUGUAUGGCACCUGAACAAGUUUUCUUGUGUUUGAUGAUAUAAUGCUCAAUCCGACCUUCUGUUGCAGCCUCAGAUUUUUACUGUAUGCUUUGGAGCCUGUACGCGAUCAAAUGAAAUUGACAUUUUACUGCAAAACACACUACUGUACCGUUAUAAAGCUGACUUUGUUCGAUAUCAUCAUUUUAGUACCAUAGAACUUUAGCAUAUAGUGUGAUUUUUUUUAAAUUCCAUCAUCAAUGCAUAUGAAAUUCAUAAUAGUUCAGUGGAAGCGCCAAAGUUGGAACACCCAAAAAUGUCUUGUGCCGAAGAUUUUUGGGAGAAAGUCCAUCAAAAUAUCAACAUGGUGCUGUGUUGUAUUAUCUCUUGCGAUGCUUUGAUUAUUGAUAAAACUGAAUCAAAUCAA